AUGGAAUCUUUGGACAAGUUUAUUCAAUGGGCAAAAGAGAAUGGAUCUUUGAUUGACAAAAGAUUAUCGUUCAAGAUUUCUGAUAAAACCGGUAUUCAAGUUGUGCUAGAUUCAAAAAUCGAUGUGGAUGACAAAAAAGUUGACAACCUACUGAUCUCUGUUCCAGAAGAAUUACUAAUUACAAGAAAGAUGGCUGAAACACAUUUUCAUGUAACAAAAGAAGUUAGCUCCAAAUUAGAUGAAUGUAUUACUAAUCCAAACGCUAUUACACAAUUAUAUUUGAGUAAACUUAAAUUUUCUGACCAUGACAAAGGUGAUUCAAAUCAAUUUUUUAAGCCGUAUCUAAACAUUUUAUCAUUGAAUUUACAACAACCAUAUUUCUGGACUGCUGAUGAAUUAUCCUUAUUGAAAGGAACUGAUUUAUUGAUUAUUUUAAGGUCUGAUUUAAUUAAAUUAUAUGACGAAUGGGAACAAUUACUAAAAAUUUUAAAGAUUGAACAUAAGAAAACUGGAAAAGAUUUAAAAAGCAACAGUGAGAAUAUUAUUGUAUAUAUCCAAAAUUGUUUACAUGAUUUGCAUAUAGGUAAUGUUGAAUGGACUAGUUUCAUUUCAUAUUUAUGGUCCAGUUGUAUCUUUAGGUCAAGAGCAUUUCCAGAAGUUAUUCUUUUAGAUUAUCAAAAUGUAAAUAAUUUGCAGCAAGCAUUCUUAUACCCUAUAGUUGAUUUAUUAAAUCAUAAAAACGAUCAAAGAGUAAAAUGGGUUUAUUCAGGUGGAAGAGUCAGUUUUGUUUCUAAGGAAUUACAGAAUAUGGAAAAUGGUGAUGAAGUGUAUAAUAAUUAUGGUGAUAAGAGUAAUGAGGAAUUACUAUUAGGAUAUGGUUUUGUUGAAGAAAACAACAAUCAUGAAAAUUCUAGAUUAACUUUAAGGUUAGGUGCUACAACCAUACAAUCUGCUAAAGAUUUUGGCAUCAAAUUGACUAAUAUUACAGAUGAUAAUUCCUGUGUCCAAUUUAUUAUAUCCUAUAAGGACCCUUUGCCAAGAGAAUUGAUUUAUCUUUUUGGAUAUUUAGAAAAGCUUAAAUCUGAGGAUACGUUAGUAAAUAGGUCUAUUUUAGAAGGUAUCAGUGAAUUAUCUAAAAUCUUACAAUCAAAAUUGGAAUUCUUUAAGAGCCAUUCUAAGACCGGUGGUCAAUUUUCGCAUGGUUCUGUAAUAAAACAAUACAUGUCUUCUCAAAAAAAACUUUAUAUAAAGAGUAUUGAGAGUUUACAAAAAUUUCAGAAAUCCACAAUUAAGUCUAUACCAAGUAAAGAGAUUCUAAGUUUUAAGACUAUUUUCAAAAAUGACCAACUAUUUGCUAAUUCUUUAUUAUUUGCGUUUGGUAUUACAUCUUUUGAAGAUUUGGUCAGACAGGGAUAUGUGAAACAAGCUUUGUUAUUGUGGAUAGUAAGAGCAUCAAAUCUAACAAAAAAUUCACAUAAAAAACUGCCAUUUAGUGUUCCUAAGUAUAUCAAUGACACUUUUGAAGAAGUUAGUAAGAGCAUUGUCAUUGAAAAGAAUGAUGUCAUGAGAUUUAUGGAUUUUUAUAAACAAUUGUUUCCAAAGUUAACGGUAAAAAUCCCUGAAGUCUAUAAAGAGGGAGACUGGGGGAUUAGACAAUUUAUUGUAGCAGAUACAGUAAUCGAUCAUUUAGUAUGGGUUAAUCCAAAUAAUCAAGAACCAUUAAUACUUAACAAAAUCAAAUUUGAAUAA